AUGGCAAAGCUUCGUGACAGAAGAGGGGGAAAUGCAAUAUACGUCAAUGAUAAGGAUGUUUUGGCCAUGUCAAGCAUAUUAGACACUAAUAGGGCGACUAACCUAUAUGUGGUAGUGUCAAUUCCAAAUUGGGUUGAAAUUGAUUACAGUCAAGCAUUGUGUAGAGUUGGAAUGAGACCUGAUUAUAUGUGUGUAAGUGAGGAAGAUUAUGGCAUUCAGGAAGAGUUUGAAAAUGGAGAAGAACAAACUAAGAAAAAUGAUUCAGUUAGAGUAGAAAAGUUCACUGCCAAUGUUGAGAAUUUUCUUGAGAUUCUAGUUGAGGAAGAGGGCAAGAAAGAAGUUAAUGAAGGUGAAGAUGAAGAUGAAUUAAUAGAUUCAGAUUGUGAGCCUAGUGAUGAUGAGAUAGUUGUUGACAAGGGAAAAAGUCCAAAUGUUGAAAAUGAAGAAAACCGACAAGGACAUUAUGAGUUUAAUCCCAAGUGUGACAUGGAUGAUCCAAUGUUCAAGAUUGGUAUGUUGUUCCCAUCUGCUGUUACUUUUAGACAAGCAAUAAAAGAAUAUGGUAUAAAAUCAAAUAGAGGGAUUAAGUUCAUAAAAAAUGACAGAGACAAAAUUAGAGCACGUUGUAAGGAAGGUUGUAGUUGGAUGGUUUUUGCAUCCAUGAUUGAUAAGGAAGGAACUUUCAAGGUAAAGACAUUGAAUAAUACACACACAUGCGGUAGGGUAUUCAAGAAUAAGAAUGUUACUGCAAAGUGGCUAGCUGAAAAAUUUGAGAAGAAAUGGAAGACUGACCCAUAUUGGUCUAGGGCUAGUUUUGCACAAGAAGUUAGAGAUACAACUGCUGGAGAUGUUUCACUUUCCAAAUAUUAUAGAGCUAGGAAAUUGGCUUUGAAGAAGAUAUAUGGAUCACUGAAGGAGCAAUAUUCUUUAUUGUGGGACUAUUGUGAAGAAUUGAAAACUAGCAAUCCUGGAACUACUGUUUUUAUGCAAUGUAACUCUGAGAAAGGGUAUCCUGAGUUUGAAAGACUGUAUGUGUGUCUUUCUGCUUGCAAGCUAGGAUUCUUGGCUGGGUGUAGACCAUUAGUCGGUCUUGAUGGUUGCCACAUUAAAGGGCACCAUCAAGGUCAAUUACUAGCUGCUGUUGGUAUUGAUGGAAAUAACUCUUUCUUCCCAGUUGCAUAUGCAGUUGUAGAAUCUGAAAACAAGGACUCUUGGAAUUGGUUUUUAGGUUUUUUAAAGGAUGACUUGAACAUUCAAGACAAUUCAAGGAUAUUUUGGAUGUCUGAUAAACAAAAAGGACUAAUUGAAGUGAUUAAAAUAUGUUUUGAGGGCUCCGCUCAUAGAUUUUGUGUGAGACAUCUAUAUAAUAAUUUCAAAAAAGAGUUUAAAGGGUUGGUUCUUAAGCAAGUUGUGUGGAGGGCAGCAAGAGCUACAACUAUUCAUAGGUUUGAGGUUGAAAUGGAGAAGUUGAAGGGUCUAAAUGUUGAUGCAUAUAAGUGGUUGGAUGCUAAAGAUCCAAAAACAUGGACCAGAUCACAUUUUCAACCUAAUCCAAUUUGUGACAUGUUACUUAACAACAUGUGUGAGUCUUUCAAUUCAGCAAUACUGGAGGCUAGAGAUAAGCCAAUUCUUACUCUACUAGAAACUAUUAGAAGGUAUAUAAUGGUGAGAUUAGUUAUGAAGAAGGAAAGUAUUUCUAAAUGGAAUCAUGACAUUGCACCAAGAAUUUUCAAGAUACUAGAGAAUAACAAGUCUCAUGCCUUGCAAUGUAUACCUGAGUAUUGCGGUGAUGGAAAAUUUGAGGUGAGAUGUUAUUUUGGUGAUAGAUAUUGCGUUGAUUUAAAUACUAAGACAUGCAGCUGUAGAAGAUGGCAACUCACUGGAAUACCAUGUUCUCAUGGUAUAAGUUGCAUGGAGGAUAGAGACAUUAACCCUGAGUUGUUAGUCCACGAGUGUUACAACAAGACCACUUAUUUAAAAAUAUAUGGUUAUGUUGUAAAUCCAUUAAAUGGCCCUGAGGCUUGGAGAAAAACAAGUCUUGACCCCCCACGAGCUCCUCCAUUUAGAACACUACCUGGAAGACCAAAGAAGCUAAGAACAAUGGAGUCAGGUGAAGUUGAAGUUCCAGGAGGUAGAACUGUAAAGAUGAGGAGGGUACAAGAGGUUAAAACAUGUAGCAUUUGUGGUAAACAAAACCAUAACAAGAAGGGAUGCCCCAAGAGAGAACAACAACCACCAAUUGAAAGCAAAUCAAUUACAACUAUAAAGAAGAAGAAGGAAAAUAAAAAAGAUAAGAUGAGAAGAGAUAUUGGAAUCAAGGUUCUUGACAAACAUACUGGAACAAGCAAAGAAAAGGGGGAAGGCAAUGAAAAGGAAAAAAACAAAGAGAAUGUCAUAUAG